AUGAACAAUGAAGAAUAUGUUUAUGUUAUUAAAAAGCUAAUAUCUAAAUAUGAAAAAGAAUUAACCAACUGUGAUGAUUUGGGGAUUCUUUGGGAUAAUUUGAAAAUAGAAGUAAGGGAUGCAAGUUUAGACUAUUGUAAAAGAAAAGCUAAAGUAAGAAAAGAUGAGAUAAAUGUUCUAGAAACAAAGUUGAAUAACCUUAAUAAUAAAAUAAAUGAUAAGUUAGAAGUAAAAUACUAUAAAAAACUUUAUGAAUCAACUAAUCCCUGUGAUAAUGAGGUUAAGAAGUAUAUAACAGAAACAGAAAUAUCAAAACAGCUAGAUGAAUCAGAAAGCAAUCAAUGUGAAGGGGAAGUAACUGAGAAAGAAUGUACAGAAGCAAUCUUUAAAAUGAAGUUAAAUAAAUCCCCUGGCCUGGAUGAGAAAUUUAACAUAGAAGGAGCAGUACUAUUUCUAGAUUUCAGUAAGGCUUUUGAUUCCUUAGAAUGGAUCUUUAUGACAGAAACUCUCAAAAAGUUUGGAUUUAAAAGUGGAUUUAUCAGAUGGGUUGAAACUAUGUAUAAUGAUAUUAAAGGGUGUAUUUUGAAUAAUGGGUGGGUCUCAGGUCCAUUUAAAAUAUACCGCGGUAUUCGACAAGGGUGUCCGAUUUCUGCGUUACUGUUUGUUAUAACUGUUGAAUUAAUGGCCAUAAGAUUAAGAAAAAAUAAAGAACUUAAGGGAAUAACAAUAAAAUUAGACGGACAAUCUUGUAAUUUAAAAAUCUGUCAAUUAGCAGACGACACAACACUAUUUCUUCAGUCUCGUAAAGAUAUAAGUCUAGCUCUCAGUAUAAUAGAGACAUUUGGAAGUCUAUCAGGGCUGAAACUUAAUAGGAAUAAAACAGAAGGAAUAUGGUUAGGGAGAUUAAAAAGCAGUAAAGAUAAAUAUGAAAAUAUAAACUGGACAAAUAAACCAGUCAAAAGUCUAGGUAUUUAUUUUGGAUAUGAUAAUAAGGAAUGUCAAACAUUGAACAUAGAAAAAAUCUUGGAUAAAAUUACAAAACUUGUAGACAGAUGGUCAAAAAGAAAUUUAACAUUGCUUGGAAAAAUUUUAAUUGGUGAGACUCCUUAUGAUCUGGUAGAAAUAGAAAGCUAUGAUAAGGAAGAGAGAAAAAGGAAGAAGGAAGAAGUGAUGGACUUCCUUAAGACUGUAAUGUUACAGACUCCAGAAGAAUACAAUAAGAUGAUGAAGAAAAAAAAACAGUCUACCAUGCUAAAUCGUUUAACGGGUAAAGGUACCUACGAAUCGUUUGACAUGCGCUGUAUGGUUACUGGCCAGUUCGCCGUAGGUAAAUCGAGUCUGGUGAAGCUAUUAGUUGGGGACGUUAUACCCGAGGGGAGACAUCCUACAGAUGGUAUCUCUCUUCAUGAAGGCUGUGGUCUUGAUGUCCAGACAAGAGAAUGGAUUCUUAUAAAUCCAGAAACGUAUAAUGCCAUGGAUGUUGUCUACAAUAAGGUUUUAAUGACUUCAAAUGAAGAAAUGGAACAUAAUCUAAAAGAAAAGUCAGACCAACAACAAGCAUCAGAUAGAAGUCCUUCUGGAAGUAAAGAUGAUGACAUGGUUAAUCCAGGUGUGCUACAGCAGUCACAAGCUAUGGCAUUGCCUCUCCCAUUAAACACAUCAGAUAAUCUCUCCAAACAACCUCCAGCAGCCCUAACGUUACCACCUCAGGCAUCCUCCAUUGUACCUCUAUCACGACAGCAGCUGAAACAGAAAAUGAAAGCUAAGAUGACUAAAGAUGAAAUCAGAAGAAAAAUGGAAAAAGUUUUAAAGAGCGGAAAAUACAAGAUGAAAGUGGGACGACUAAUCUUCUGGGAUUUUGGUGGACAGUAUGUAUAUUAUACAACACACCAGACCUUCAUGACCUACAGAGCUUUGUUUCUUGUUGUAUUUGAUGGAAGCAAAGGAUUACAUGAACAGGUUCCUGAUGUCUUGUGUUUUCCUGGGCAGCAUAUGACUCCAACACCAGCAGUAUUUUUACAACAUUGGGUCAACUGUAUCCUAACUUAUUGUAAGGCAGUAUAUACAGGAAUUCCAAAGAUUUUGUUUGUUGCUACGCAUAAAGACAAAGUACCAAAGGAGGAUAUUAAAAAACGGCGUACAGAGUUAUAUAGUGGAGUAGAAGAGUUAUUUAAAGACCACGAAGGACGAGAACAUCUGGUCAUCGACAAUCAAAUAUUUGUCAAUGCAACAGACAAAACAGAUCCAGAGAUCGAUGUCCUCAAGAAAGCAAUCACAGAUCUUACCUUUCAACAUCCAUGUUGGGGAGAGUCAAUGCCUAAUGCAUCUGUUCCCCUUGAACUUGAGAUUGCUAACCUGGUAGCAAAUGGGAAACAAGUAUUGUCAUUGUUGGAAGUUGAAGAAUUAAAUGCCAUCAGCAAGGUGUCCGUCUUGUCUACUGAAGAGCUCAGUACAUUUCUUCAUUUCCAACACUCACUUGGAAAGAUGGUCUAUUUUGACACCCCACAGUUAAGAGGUUAUGUGAUCAUAAGUCCGCUACUUCUGGUGGAAGUUAUGCGAUCUUUUGUUACAGAUAUUGCCUUUUGGCCAAAGAAAGGUCUCAUUAGAAAGACUUUUGAAAGGAUGUCAGGGAGGGGAAUAAUACAAAGAAAAGAUCUUUAUCUUAUUUGGGAACAAAAGCACUUCAUUAAAAUAUCACCCUACAAAGAGUUCAUAUUUGAUAUGCUCAUCCACCUUGAUAUUCUAUCAGAGCAGCGUAGAUAUGAUAUUACUACAGGAAGUCGGUUACCAGUGGAAAACUUCUUUGUUCCCUGUAUGCUCACUCAAAGAAAUGACACAAGGUUCAUGACCCAUGAAUGCACACCAGAGAAAGCAAUCAGUCUAGCUUUUGUUUUCAAAGGGACAAUAAUACCACCAGCCUUACCGAAUCGUCUCAUUAGCGCAUGUCUCAGUAUGUGGACCGUAAAGACGUAUGAAGGAAAACAACUCCUGUUUUCAGGAUUCGUUGGUUUAUCAUUUGAUAAAGCACAUGAUAUUGUAGUAUGUGUUGAAGGUAACAAGAUAUUGCUCUACAUAGUCCAUGCAACCUCCAAUGGACUGAUCGUACCAGAUAUUGCCACUGGUAUCAAGGAAUGCAUGUAUACAACACUAGAGAGAAUCUCAGAGUUCUAUAAGUCCACAGUCUCCUCCAGCAGCCAAAAACUACCCUUCCACAUUGAAUAUGCAUGCUCCAGGUUAGAAUGCCAUAUAAAUGAAGAGGCAGCAUUCACAGCUGAUGAAUGGAUUUGUGAUAAACAUGAGAUUGUACAUACCAAAGACAAGUGGAAUAUUUGGAAUCAAGAUCAGGCAAAAGAAGAAUGUGAAAUAAACUGUCAAGGUUUACAAGAAGACGCCUUGAAUCAGAUUCCAAGUGAUAUUGAACUUCAACGAUUUUCAUCACGAUGUGAGGAAACCGUAAUACGAGAGUUGGCUAUACAUCUUGGUAUUACUUUGCAUGAAUGGGAAAAACUCAGAUCUGAUUAUGAAUUUGUCGACAUUGUUAAGUAUAGAGUACUGGUCACCUGGAGAGAAAAGUAUUCAGGAAGAUUCAGUAACAUAGCAAAAGCUUUACAAGAUAUGGAUUUGACUACCCACACACUGUGUCAGGUAAAAAGAAUCAGAAAAGGUCAUUGUGUUAUCAAUGAAGAAUACAUGGAUUUAAUUCCAACAGAUGAAAUACUAGAUAAACUGGCACAAUUAAUAGGUGUAGUAUCCUUCCAACUGGGUUUAGAAUUAGGAUUACCUAUAACAUCAAUAGAUAUUAUACAGUAUAACAAUGGUCGGGAUUUAGUGGCACAAUGUAAAGAUAUAUUAUUUCAAUGGAGAGAAGAACAAAGAGUCCGGCCAACUAUACGUGUUCUGGUCCAAGCUCUUGUAAAUGUUGAUAGAGGUGCUAAAUGUUUGGAGGAAAUCAUUAAAACAGUUGGUGUGAAGAAAUACACCCUACACGAGGAAGUUGAAGAAAAGAAGGAAGGAAAAAUUAAAACACUCCUGAAAAACCUGAAUCCUUUCCAGAAGAAGAAAUAAGAUUGAUGUUACAGUUAGUAUUUUUUUAUUGUAACCAAGUUGUUAUACCAUCUAGGCUGUGUGUUAAUUUUGGGUAACAGUUUGUUAUAGUGCCUGGUGUGGUUUUCAUGUUAUUAAUAGCAAAUUAUUUAAAAACAAGAGCAAAAAACAAACUCCAAACAAAUACAACUUGGAAAUAUCUAAACAAAAUGUUGAUGACUCUAUUACAUUGUAACUAGUGAUUCAAAGAGUAUAUCCAUGCAAUCUUGUCUUAAUAUACAAUCCCUUUAAUAUACCUUUAACUGUAGUGUUGUGUUUUUUUAGUAUGAUGGAUACAUAUUACACUUUUACAAGAUUGAAGGAAAUAUUUUAUCUUUUCACAGUUUUGUGCAGUAACACUUAUACUUUUUAUUUUGUAACAAGGCAAAACAUUUCCUUCAAUCGAGCUAUUAAAGCUUUUGAGGAUGCAAAAUACUACAGUUUUAAUGAACAAGUCCACACCAAACUGAAAUUGAAUAUAUAUUUGUACAGUGCUGUUUAUCACUUUCAGAAGCAAUAUCACAAAGACUUCUCGUUACCAUGCAAAUAUAUAUCGCAAUGUUUUAUAACUUUCUGAAGUGUUGUCUGGAUAAAGAAAGUCGUCCUAACUUUUAAAGUAGUUUGUAAUUUGUGUGUAGUUGUUUUUGUGAUUUGAGUUAAAUAUCAAUUGAUGUACUAAGGAUAUCACUUUCUGUGCAAUAUAUAUAUAUGAUUAUACAAUACAACUGAUUUCAUUUCUGUUUUAUUAUUAGUUUAUGAAACAUAUACAAAAACUUUCAAAACACUACUUGGUUUAUCUAAAAUAGCCAAAAAAGUAUAUUCAAAUUGAUGUUAUCACUUUGCAUAUUCCAUUUCGUAAGUCUUGUGUGGACAAAAUGCACAACAUUUUAACUUGUUGCCUUUUGUUAGCUAAUAUUCGUAUGUUUCUUUGUCAAUUGUGUUCUCCUAUUUAUUUAUAUUGUAGUCCUGUAAUGUGUGUUGUCAUUUUAAUGUUAUAUUUCACAUUGCUAUAAAAGAGGGAGGAUUGGCAUGCCACAAAACCAGGUUCAACCCGCCAUUUUUAUACGACCGCAAAAAUUAAAAAAAUGUUGGUCGUAUUUUAGUAUCACGUUGGCGUCGUCGUCUGCGUCGUCCUUGUCCGAAUACUUUAAGUUUUCGCACUCUUAACUUUAGUAAAAGUGAAUAGAAAUCAAUGGAAAUUUAACACAAGGUUUAUGACCACAAAAGGAAGGUUAAGAUUGAUUUUGUGAGUUUUGGUCCCAACAUUUGAGGAAUUAGGGUAAAAAAAAAGGCCCAAAUAAGCAUUUUCUUGGUUUUCGAACUAUAACUUUAGUUUAAGUAAAUAGAAAUCUAUGAAAUUUUGACACAAGUUUAUGACCACAAAAGAAAGGUUAGGAUUGAUUUUGGGAGUUUUGGUUUCAACAGUUUAGGAAUUAAGGGCCAAAAAGGGCCCUAAUAAGCAUUAUUCUUGGUUUUCGCACAAUAACUUUAGUAGAAGUAAAUAGAAAUCAAUGAAAUUUAAACACAAGGUCUACAACCACAAAAGGAAGAUUGGGAUUGAUUGUGGGAGUUGAGGUAUGAACAGUUUAGGAAUUAGGGGCCAACAAGGGGCCCAAAUAAGCAUUUUUCUUGGUUUUGGCACCAUAACUUUAGUAUAAGUAAAUAGAAAUCUAUGAAAUUUUAGCAGAAGGUUUAUAACCAAAAAAGGAAGGUUGGGAUUGAUUUUAGGAGUUUUGGUCCCAACAGUUUAGGAAUAAGGGGCCCAAAGGGUCCAACUUUAAACUGUGAAUGAACUUGGGGUUCUUUGAUAUGCCAAAUCUAACUGUGUAUGUAGAUUCUUAAUUUUUGGUCCCGUUUUCAAAGUGGUCUACAUUAAGGUCCAAAGGGUCCAAAAUUAAACUAAGUUUGAUUUAAACAAAAAUUGAAUCCUUUGGGUUCUUUGUUAUACUGAAUCUAAAAAUGUACUUAUAUUUAUUAUUUUUGGCCCAGUUUUCAAGUUGGUCCAAAUUGGGGUCCAAAAUUAAAAUUUGUUUGAUUUCAUCAAAAUUUGAAUAAUUGGGGUUCUUUGAU